UGUAGUUCGCUGGUUUGUUGUCACGGGUCUUGUCAUCAGUACGGGUUAUUUUGUGCGCCCCGAGGUGAUUGUGAAACAUGGGGACUCCCUACAUUGGCUACAGUAAAACCAUGGAGUAAUUCCAGAAUGUCGUAUCCCAGACAACAAGGCGGUCCAGUGGCAGUACCCUCUCAACCACCGCCGCCCCCAGAACUGACUGGACCCUUUGCACCAAAAGGAGGGGAAGCAGCAACAGCUGGUAACUCAGCAAGAACUGCAGAAGCAAACAAGUACAGCAAAAUUGCUAAAUUUGUGAAUGCGUUACCAGUAAUGCACCAAUGUUGGGCCUGGACAUGUUUUAUUUUAAACUGUAUUAUACCCGGCAUAGGAACACUGUUGGCAGCUUUGAUCGUGCUAACAUGUUGUGCGAAACAUGACGGCAUUGGCGAUAGAUGUCGGGUUAGUUGUAUACAGUUCUGGUCUGGUAUUGGCAUGCUUGUAACAUCUCCACUCAUUAUUGGAUUUAUAUGGGCUGCUUGGUGGGGCUGGAUGUAUGUACCUAUUUCAUUAUUGAGGUACCAUGGAUCUUUCAAAACUCCACAUGACCAACAAGAUGACGCUUUUGUUGUUGUGACUGAUGAGAAAAAGUGAUGUGUUCCAUCGAUGAUUGUAGCUGUUUGUAAAAAAAAAGAGAACCAUGUUCAUAUGUAAAUGACUGUACCAAGAGGAAAUACUGACAAGAACUAUCAUAGACGUGUCACUUGGUUUCGUGUAUUUUAUUACUGCUAUACAUCGUUGUUCAUUAUGUUUAUACUUUUUUUUUAACCAUUACAUAACCUGAUUAAAAAUAUAUUUGUAUUUACUGUUUCAUUAAUUA